GAAGCCAACCUGAAAAUGGUGAAUACCCCAAUACACCUAAGGGGGGCCAGUCUGGAAAUGUGUAAGAAGGCAUUUGCACUCCAGCGAGCCAAGGAUAUGAGUGAACAGGCUAGUGCUUUACUGGCAAAAGACAAACAGAUCGAAACAUUAAAGCAAGAGUGCCAAGAGCUGCAAGCUAAACUGUCGGCUGGAAAGGAUUUUCCAAGUUACUUGAAGCUGAGUGACUUUAACCAUUUGUUACAUGAGUCUCAGAAGGAAGUUCUACGGUUACAGAGGCAAAUUGCUAUGAAAUGCUUGAAAGAAUCCCUUAAUUUGUCGAGAUCUGAGGCUCAUAGUUCGCCUGUGGAAGCUAUGUGUGCAAGACUGGUUUCUUCAGAGCAACCUACAAGGGAUCCAGACAAUUCCAUAAUGGCAACAUCUGUGGACCCUGUUCAGGAGAUUGAAUUAAGUAGAAAACGGAAAGAAUGUGAAGUUUUAGAGCAAGAGGUAACAAAGAAGCAGAAGAGAUGUGAAGAAUUGGAAGUCAAGCUUCAGGAGGUGCAAACAGAGAAUGCAUGUCUUGUGGAAGAAAACUCGAGGCUCUGCAUCAGAGUAAAGAGGGCGGCCAAGGUUGAGUCUGAAAAUGCUGACUUGAAAAGACAUCUAGCUGAGGUGACUGAGCAACGGGAUUCUGCUCUUGAGGAGAUUCAUAGAUUGCAAAGCAAGCUGGAGAACUUAGAGCAAGUGCUGAAGCACAUGCGAGAUGUGGUGGAGAGAAGGCAACAGCUGGAGAAAGAUCAUGAAGAUGCAUUACUAGCUCUGCAGAAAAGGCAGGAGGAAGUAAAGCGUCUUCAGCAGGCCCAGGUUGAAGCUAAAAAAGAACAUGAAGGAGCAGUUCAGCUUCUGGAGUCUAAUGUGAAGCUUUUAGAAGAGAAAUGUCGUAGUCAGACAGAGCAGUUCAGCCUCCUAUCUCAAGAGCUGGGGAGAUUUCGCCUACAAACUGGGAACAUUGAUCUUUUAACCUCUACCUUGGUGACUUCUGAGCUGCCUCCACCACAGUCUUGCUCUACGCCCGGCCGCACUCCGGCUCAGCAAGAAAGAGAAGAUUUAAACCACCCUGUUCUCUCGACAGUGGAUGAAAAGAUUGAGGAUGAUAAAGAGAAAGAACUGCCUGAAGCACCAGAACCAAGCCACGAUGUCGGCAAUGCUGAGGCCCCGAAUCAAGCAGUUGCCAAAGGAAAACGAAAGCUUGAAGCUCCGCGCACCCCAUCGAAAUCAGAAUCCACACAUGAUAGUUCCAAGUCUUGUCUCACCCCAGAAGUUGACACUGCCAGUGAAAUGGAAGACCUGGAAGCAGACAGUGUUUCAUUAAUUCCUGAACCGGAAACCCGAUCCAGUGCUAAAUUGCAAGUUUUUCUUGCACGAUACAGCUACAAUCCCUUUGAUGGUCCCAAUGAAAAUCCUGAAGCAGAACUCCCCCUCACAGCAGGGGAAUAUAUUUACAUCUAUGGGGACAUGGAUGAUGAUGGAUUUUAUGAAGGGGAAUUAAUGGAUGGAAGGCGUGGACUUGUUCCUUCAAACUUUGUGGAACGUGUCUCUGAUGACGACUUGAUCGCCUUUCACCCAGCUGAAACCAAUGAGCUGUCACAGAGCUCUGGACAGGACAUUAGCUUUUUGAGUGGAAGCAGUAUGGAGAGAAGUGAAGAAGACGAUGAUGGAAGCAGCCUCAGUCCAUUGCCAAUGCAAGGAAAUAGUGAGGGAGCUAGAGAUGUCUCAGCUGUGCCUUACCCUCGAAAGCUGUCCCUCAUUAAGCAGCUUGCUCGUAGUAUAGUGGUUGGAUGGGAACCUCCUCUUGUAGCAGCCGGCAGUGGAAAUAUCCUAAGUUACAAUAUUUAUGUAGACAAUGAACUUCGACAAAAUGUUCGCUGUGGUGGACAAACUAAAGCCUUGAUCGAAAAACUUGAGCUGAAAACUCGUACUUAUCGCAUUUCUGUACAGAGCAUGACAGACAGCGGCUGCUCAGAUCGCAUGCGUUGCACUUUGUUGGUUGGCCAUGGUUACUCACUUGCUCCAACACAACUACGCGUUCGCAGCCUUUCCGCAACAUCUGCCGAAAUUACGUGGCAGCCAUGUAACAGCAACUAUUCACAUGCCUUGUAUCUCAAUGAGGAAAGCUGUAGCUUGGCCAAAGCAGGAACUUAUUGGUACACCUUUAGCAGCUUGAGGCCUAACACCAUGUAUAAUGUUAAAGUGGAAGCCCGACCCCAGAGAAUUCCAUUGGAGUUACCUCUGGAGAGACGAGAGCCAAAGACCACAGUUAUGCAACUAACGACUCCUGCUGCAGGUCCUCCAGAUGCCCCACUUGAUGUUCAGGUUGAACUAGGUCCAAAACCCGGUGUCCUGCUCAUCACAUGGCUACCAGUGACAAUAGAUGCAGCAGGGACUUCUAAUGGAGUCAGAGUGACGGGCUAUGCAGUGUAUGCUGAUGGACAAAAGGUACUUGAAGUCACAUCUCCAACAGCUGGGAGUGUAUUAGUGGGUACAUCUCACGUAGCACUCCUGCAGGCAUCUCGGGAAAUAUCUAUUAGGACCAUGUCCCCCAGUGGAGAAUCCAUGGACUCAGUGCCAGCUCACAUACCUGCUGCCUUUGUGAAAGUCCCUGACAGUCCUUCCUUGUCACAUACCUUUUCUGACACUAGCCUUACAUGUCAGCAAGCAUCAGGGCACAACCUGUCUUCUCCUUCUGAGAAGUUUCCUUCUAUGCCUCUUACUUCAUCAUCACCCUGUUCACUGCGUAAUCCGCCAGCCUCCGUUCCCCAAGCCAAUAUCUCUGUCUAUACAGACUGUAUUAGGGGUGACUCCAUGGACUGUCUGCCAGUUCAGGCCUCGUCACUCAGUGCUUCCUCGGGUUACUGCCAAGGAUCUUCCAGUUCAGAACCUGCUGAGGUACAAGCAUCAUGCCAAGGUACACAGGACAGUGUCCCGUCCACUGUUCCUGAAGCUAUCCGACCUGAACACACAUUGCAGCCUAAAGCAACACCACUACAAGAACACAGUCAAAAAAUGCAUCCAAACACCAAAGAACCUGAAAGAAAUGACAGAGUUAACACCAGCCGCCUGCCAAUGGGUAUAACUUGGUGCAAGGAGAACAGUUUGGAAUUGAGCACAACUGCCAAAGAGGAGUGCUCGAGCCCAGAGGCUGGGAUGUCAGAGGAAGCGGAGCCAACCAACCUAAGCUGCCGGGGAGGUUCCAUUGAAGACUUUCUUGAAGUGGACAGUAAUAAGAUAAAGGACUCAAGUGUGAAUAAAGUCAGUUCUGAAACCGAGGAUGUGGUGAAAUUGCAAUUGGACACACAUUCCAGUGUACAUCUUGAUCACAGCCGUAGUUCUAAUCUCUCUGAUAUCCUGGAGGAAGAGGAGGAUGUGGAAGAAGAUGAUUGCAACGUUGUUCCCAGUGCCAAAAAAUGGGGACAGUCAUCAACAAGUACAGGUGGAGACAGUUCUGGGAAGUUGGACUGUUGUGAGACAGACAGCGAUGAGGAAAUUCUUGAAAGGAUUUUGGAUCUACCUUUACAGAAACAUUGCAGUAAGAAGUUAUUUAGCAUCCCAGAGGUGACUGAAGAAGAGGAUGAAGAUGAAGAUCUCUCUCCUCACAUUGUUUCUAAGAAUCCACAGUGUAGUAUGGAGCCACAGAAGUACCAGUAUGGAAACCCCCACAAAGCCUUCGCCACAAAAAACGGAUCUUCAUUAAACCUACCCACGGAGACACCCAUCAAAGUGAGCGUGAUGAACCACAAGAAAGUGGAAUGUGGGGAAGACUGUGUCUUUCUUGAUGAGGACUUUUGUCCUAAAUCAAAGAGUUGUGUUUAUCAGUCUCCAUCGGACAUAAGGCCUCCAGUCUCUGAAAACCAGAUGUGGAAAGCAAAAAGGAUCAGCUAUGAUAAUGACAGAGCUUGCUGUUUCAUAGAGCCUAAUCGAAAGAAGCAGAGUGAUAGUCGGGAGCACUGCAGCCGAAUGUCCACAAAUUCUAAUCAAGGUGGCUUUUACACCCCUCGAUCCUACAAACCGAAAGAGCCAUCAUCUUCUGGUACAGCUCGAGACACCUCCCAAACAAACCACAAAAGCCUAAGGAAUAAACAGUCUCGAAAUACUCAAAGGCGUCGCCUGCUUGGCUCCUCGAAUUUCAAACCAAAAGCUCCUGGGUCUUUUAGCAGUAGCCAUUUAGAAAUUGAUGUAGAAUAUGACACAGAAGAUGAGGAAGAGCCGUCUUUCCCAGCCCAUAACACCAGCCGGGCUAAAGUUGAUCUUUGGGAAGAUGGUUCUCAGACUGACCGGGAAGGUUGGAGUGAAAGCUCUGGUUACUCUGAGCCGAUCCAGUAUACAAGAAAGAAAAAUGAUGUGAAGAGACAAAGUAAAGAACAUGGCACAGGAGAAUAUCUUAAGGGAACCCAAUCCCUUCCCCUGAGCUGCAAAAAAGAUGACGCGGUUCACAGAGCAGCAAGUAGUAGAAGUAUGCGAUCAGUUCAGUGGGAAUGUGAUGGAAAGGAGGAUUUAACUGAAGAUCCAAAGAUCUGCUCACAGCUCAGUCCUACUGGAUACCUAACAUCAGACAGGAAGACGGGCACAAGUCGCCUGACUUCAGACUCUGAGUCGGAUGCUGCACAUUCCACACAGCCAGAGUGUUGUCAAGAAAGACUAUUAGAAGAUAGACUUUGCCCCUCAAAAGAACAGGAGGCAAAUUCUGUUAGGCUUUUUGUAGCCCUUUUUGAUUACGAUCCAGAGACGAUGUCACCUAAUCCAGAGGCAUAUAUGGAAGAACUUCCCUUUAAAGAGGGACAGAUUUUACAGGUGUUUGGCGAUAAAGAUGCUGAUGGCUUUUACCACGGCAAAUGUGCAGAAAGAACUGGAUAUAUCCCUUGCAACAUGGUCUCUGAAUUACGUAUCGAGAGUGAAGAAGUCAGAAUGCAGCUUUUGAGACGGGGUCACCUAACACCAACUUCUCUACUAAGUGACUUGGUGCAACGUUCCUCUGCUCCGGAAGAGAAUAAUGCUGCAGGGAUACGGCUAAAGACCAGUAGAUCGGAUCUGAGCAACUCCAUAUCAAUGGUGGCUAUAUUUGAUUAUAAUCCAAAAGAAAGUUCUCCCAACCUUGAUGUUGAGGCAGAGCUAAACUUUAUUGCGGGAGAUGUCAUCACAGUAUAUGGACCAAUGGAUGAAGAUGGAUUUUAUUAUGGGGAAUUAAAUGGUAAAAGGGGAUUUGUGCCAUCCAAUUACUUGGAAGUCUCACAGACGCAGGCUCCCGAAUCAAAAUGUCCAGGAAUAGUCCAUUCAAAAGGUGAAAAAGAGAGGUUGAGAAGAAGAACCAAUCUUAAUUCGGCCAUUGACCAGCCAAGCUUAAUUCCCAACAAACCCAAUAAGCAACCAGUCGAACUUAAGGAGAUUUCAGAACAAGUAGAUCUGCAUCAAGGGAUCGCCUCCACUAAGAAAAAAAAAAGCUUCUUCUCAAAAGGGAGAAAAUUGUUUAAAAAGCUGGGGUCUUCUGGAAAGAACUUGUAAAUUUGGCCUGGCCUGUCCAAGCUGUCAUACAGCAAUAAUACCACUUCAUGAUAUGGAUGCUUUUAUCUGUCAGUGUCCCAUCUGCUGGCCCUGUCUGGUAUUGGUCAGCAUUGCCACUCGUAAAUAGUAUUUAUCGUUAAACUGCUUGUGAGAGGUUUCUUGGUGUCUGUGACAGCAAGAGAUCACUAUGAAUGUACAUGGAUAGCGUCUAAAUUCAUUGUAAGAACAGGAAACAGACUGUAACUGAUAACACUAAGAACUACAAAGGGGAACCAAAAGCCUGGAUUUUGCAAGCUUUCCUGUGCUAUGUACCAUACGUAACUGGUUCCCUGGGCCCAUCACUUGUGCACUUGAUAAGCGACCAUGUCUUAGGACAGCAAGGAAUGUUUGCACUGCGUUUUCUCCUUAACUUUUAUGCUACGUCUUGGAAAAUUUGUGCAGAAAGUAUUAUUUCUGCUAUAACUGCUCAUCCCCAUACAGGAAAGAACAAACGCCAAACUAGAGACCUCAGAGAGACUUGAUAGCACUUAUCCAUUUUCAAGGAAAAUAGCUUUGUUAUGUUAUGUUGUGUGCAUGUUGGAAACACUGAAUGUUCCUUUGCCUUAUUUUAAUUAUUGUUUUUUUGUUUUUGUUUUGUUUUUAACUUGUUUACAAAAAAAAUCCUAUCUGCUCUGAGCAGAGAAUGACUGUGUUGGUUUGAAGGCAGAGUUUGUAUACAUAGCCACUCGGAGAGCAUCUUAUUCCAUCUUCCUUGUCGUUAUGCUCCUCUCCUGAUAUCGGAGCCAUCUUGGUGUACUCGUGACCAGCAUUUUGAUGCUUUCUGUGUUAAAGUUAUUUAUUUUGCAUGUUUG